AUGACAAUAAUGACGUUCACAAAGUUAAUAAGCAAAACAUCCCUUAGACAAGUAACUAAGAUAUCCAAUGCAAAGGCUAUCGGACAAGUUACCAAAUCAUCAAGAUUGACCUCCUUGAUGUUAUCCAACAAGCCUUUCCAAAGGAAGUUCAGCUCUACCACCGGUCGUUCCCAACAGCAACAACAACAAACAGAACCUCCAGCAAUCAAAAACUCGAAUGUUAUUAGAAACUCAGCCAUCGUAACAUUGACAUUAGCUGCUGCAUUCCUAGCUUACAAAUUUGAAGACUUGAACUUCAGCAUCAGCGAAACAGAACAAUACGUCGACGUAGACCCACAAAUCUCACCUUUCCCCAAAAAAAUCACACCUUCAAAAUACCCAUUCGAUCUAAAAUAUUCCCUAUUAGGUGUUGGGGUAAGAUCAGUAACCGUGGUUACAUUUAAAGUAUAUGCUCUAGGUAUUUACGUAGCUGAUAAGGACAAAUACAUGAUUCCAAAACUGUUUAACUCCAACUAUUUAUCAAAGGCAUUCAUUGAUACUUUCGAUUCGACCAAGUCUCAUGCAGAAAACUUACGCUUGGCUCUUAUGGAUCCUGUCAAAUCAACAAUCCUAAUUAAUGAAUUGUUAGAUAAUGGAAUCAAUUUGAUGGCUAAGAUUUCUCCAAUGAGGAACACGAAUUUCAACCAUUUGAGAGACGGGAUGAUUAGAACUAUAAAGAAACAUCCGGAGGCUGAGAAGAAUAAAGAAGCUUUAGAUAAGGGGAUAUUGGAUUUGAGGAAGGCGUUCAAUAGAAAAGGGGCAUUGGAUAAAGAUGAUGAUUUGUACGUGCAAUUAUUAAAUGAUGGUGCUUUACAAUUGACUUUUCAUAGUAAGAAAAGAGAUGAGUUCUUUAAAUUGGGCCGUUGUGAAGAUCCGAUCAUUGGCAGAUAUCUCUUUAGUCAAUAUGUGAGUGGCCCUGCUCCCCUUUCUAUCAUGACAAGAGAUGCAGUUGUUAAGGGAAUUUGUGAUUUAGUUUAG